UAGUACUCACCAGUCACCACCUCUCUUUACUUCUCCACCACGAAGAAACUAGUCCAUCCAUCCAUGGAGCUUUACCUUCCCCACCCUCACCACCGUCUUCCUCACCAGGACCCAAUACCCAGAACCCUCGACCCUACCGUACGGAUCUUCCCUUUCACUCUGACUCUACGGAAAUGCAACCAGCGAAGCCGACGGCAUGGUUUCUCCAAGACGAGGUCGUUUCUGCUGGAGCAGACCGGUGGGAAGAUGGUGGUGGAGCUCGUGGGGGCGUUCAACGAGCUCACGGAGAGGAUGGGCAUGCUCUCCAGCAGCGGCUCCCACUUGCUCUUCAAGGCUCUCAAGCUCUCCAUUCCUUUGCUCCAUGCUCUGCCUCUGACCCCAGAUGGCCGUUCUUCUCUCUCCAGAGCCCUCUCCAUCUCUCUCCUCCUCGCCGACCUUCAGAUGGAUGCUGAAGUAAUUUCAGCUGGGAUUCUCCGGCCAGUUGUGGAGGCCCGUUCAAUUUCGAUUCUCGAUGUUAGGAACCAGAUUGGUUCUGGCACUGCGCAUCUCUUGCACGAAAGCUUGCGGGUUAUGAAAGUCCCUUCAAAAGUUGAUGUCUUGGAUGAUGACAGUGCAACUGCAUUGAGGAAGUUUUGCUUGACUUACUACGAUAUGAGGGCUGUGAUUUUGGACUUGGUGCUCAGGCUUGAUGUGAUGCGGCAUCUUGAUUACAUGCCGCGGUAUCAGCAGCAGUUGACAUCUCUAGAAGUAAUGAGGCUUCACGCGCCGUUGGCUCAUGCUGUUGGGGCCAACUGGCUGUCAUUGGAGCUCGAGGAUCUUUCAUUUCAGUACUUAUUUCCAAAUUCGUACCUUUAUGUCGAUUCUUGGUUGAGAAGUCAUGAGACUGGAAGUAAGCCUCUGGUGGAUGUGUACAAGGAACAGUUGUUGCGGUCGUUGAGAGUUGAUCCGUUGUUGGCAGACAUGGUGGUUGAUGUUUCAGUUGAUGGGCGGUAUAAGAGUCGCUAUAGCACAAUGAAGAAGCUGUUGAAGGAUGGUAGGAAGCCAGAGCAAGUGAAUGAUGUUUUGGGAUUGAGAGUCAUAUUGGAGCCUAGAGAUGGAGAAGAUAUGGCUGAGGUAGGGGAACAAGCGUGUUACAGGACGCGCGAAGUUGUUCGAUCUAUGUGGAAGGAAAUGCCUCACAGGACAAAAGACUACAUUGCAAGGCCCAAGAAGAAUGGGUACAGGAGUUUACAUAUGGCAGUUGAUGUUAGUGACUGUGGGAGGAGUAGGCCACUGAUGGAAUUACAGAUAAGGACUAAGGAGAUGGACAUGUUGGCAGACGCUGGAAUGGCAUCUCACUCAUUGUACAAAAGCGGUCUUACAGACCCAGAAGAGGCAAAGAGGCUUAAGGCCAUCAUGAUGGCUGCAGCCGAAUUUGCUGCGUUGCGGCUUAAAGAUAUUAAUCACGAAGGCAUUGAGACUGAGCAGAGUCAGAAUAAUCGAGCAUUCCGCCUUCUUGACAAGAAUGGAGAUGGUAGGAUCAAUAUUGAGGAACUUAUGGAGGUGAUGGAAGAGCUUGGUGCCCCAGGGGAAGAUGCAUGUGAGAUGAUGCAGCUACUUGAUGCAAAUAGUGAUGGUUCACUUAGCUCGGAUGAAUUUGAGUUGUUUCAGAAACAGGUUGGCUUUAUGCGUAAUUUCGAGGAAAGAGAUGAGCAGUACAAGACCGUGUUGAAUGAGAAACUUCAAAUUGCAGACAGUAGCAGUUUGAUCCAGGUGUCUGGUGAAGAUCUUAGCAGCAGGGCUUCGGAAUUAGAUUUGCUUGCAUCCGGUUGAAGACUUAUCUGUAGUCUCUCGUUCACCAUGUAAAUAUAAGGUUUCCAAGUGUAUAUGCUAAAUUUCUCGUCUAUUGUUCAGGUGUCCUAAUGGUUUAGAACAUGUUGGUUCCAAAAGGAUAGCCUGAAUUGUACCGUGUAUACGACGAGGAGUGAUGUAUCUGUAUUCUGUAAUUAACUAUCCAACAUUGUAUUCCCUCUCUUUGCGAUUAUAAUAAAGAAUGUAUACCGUCA